ACACCACCACCGCAGCAAGCAGCAUGGCGAGACGGACAGAGAAAAGCACGACUUACGCAGUCGCGAUCUGUGAGCGAUUUGAGCCGUGCUCGUAGUGCCUUCGCCGCUGUCGCCGCCGCCGGUCCCAAAGGAAAGCGCGAGCGAGCACGAGGGAAAGGGAGAGAAGCCGCGCGGACCAAUGGCACGCGCGGAUAUGCGAGGUCGCUUGAACACCACCCUCCCGCGAUAAAAACGCGGCGCGCGCGACCGGUCGCGCGUAUUCCGAUCUCGUUUGCUCGGCUACUGACAACGUUGCGAUGCCUCCCCAGCCCAGCGGUAAGGCCGUGAAGAAGGCCGGCAAGGCGCAGAAGAACGUGCGCGCCACCGACAAGAAGAAGAAGAAGCGCCGCAGGAAGGAGAGCUUCUCCAUCUAUAUCUACAAGGUGCUGAAGCAGGUGCACCCGGACACUGGAGUCUCCAGCAAGGCCAUGUCUAUCAUGAACAGCUUCGUGAACGACAUCUUCGAGCGCAUCGCCGCGGAGUCGUCCCGUCUGGCUCACUACAACAAGCGCUCGACCAUCACGAGCCGGGAGAUCCAGACUGCCGUGCGUCUGCUGUUGCCCGGCGAGCUGGCCAAACACGCUGCUAUACCUUGGUG